CUGUACUCUCCGUCGUCAGGAACGAAAUGACAGUCACGUGAUCUGAGGAGCGCCUGGCCCGGUGAAGCCCAGCAAAGUUGAACAACACCAUGGUCGACCAUCAUCUCCGCUCCUCGAUUAUCCCCAACAACACAUCCACAAUGGCCACGCGAAGCGCUGCUCUUAAGCUUGACUGGGUCAAGGUCACCAGCUCCCUCGGCCUCCGCGGCCAGACCGUCUCCUCGCUGCAGGCCUUCAAGAAGCGCAACGAGGACGCUCGCCGCAAGAUCCAGCAGCUCUCCGAGCAGCCUACCACCGUCGACUUCGCCGCCUACCGCUCCGUCCUCAAGAACCAGGCCGUCAUCGACGAGAUCGAGAAGCGUUUCACUGCUUUCAAGCCCGCCACCUACGAUGUCAGCCGCCAGCUCAAGGCUAUUGAGGCUUUCGAGGUUGAGGCUGUCAAGAACGCCGAGGCUACCAAGCAGGCCGUCGACCUCGAGUUGAAGGACCUUGCUGCCACCCUCAAGAACAUCGAGUCCGCUCGUCCCUUCGAGGACCUCACUGUCGACGAAGUUGCCGCCGCCGAGAAGUCGAUCGACGAGAAGACCGCCCAGCUCGUCUCCAAGGGACGAUGGAUGGUGCCUGGAUACAAGGAGAAGUUCGGCGACCUCGCCGUCGUAUAAUCAGCUUAACCCGCACCCUCUAUUGUUUUCCUUUGUGUACUCUAGCAUUGUAGAUACAAUAUAUCGUGGUAGUGGAGACUCAAACUCUACCAAUACCCCCUUUGUACCAG